AUGACAAGUUACCAGUACCAUUUCUCUGCAAUAGGUCAGCAUCAGCAGCAAGCAGGUGCUAACUAUUAUCCUACCUCAGGAUCAAACACUCGUUCUUCUCAAAUCUCACGCCAAACCGCAAUGACUGUGAAGGAGAGAAGUAGCAAGAAAUCGGGCGGAGGAAAAUCGGUAUACCGCCAUAUUCCUCAUAGUCAAAAACCACCACAAGUUGUCGAGCGUCGAAAUGCACGUGAAAGGAGGCGCGUGCAGGCUGUGAAUACAGCAUUUUUACGUCUUAGAAAGCAUGUUCCUUCACAUACGAAACAGAAAAGACUUUCGAAGGUGAAGACUCUCAGGGUAGCAAUUGAUUACAUUAAACAGCUACAAGACAUGAUCAUGGACCAUGAUCAUUCUCCCAGUGGUUUCCAGGGAAAGAUUCCCAGUGCAGAUACAAUUGGUCAGGAAAACGUUAUCCCAAAGUUAAGAAAUGUUCAUGAAAAUCAUGUGAUGGUUCAAAGAAAGCAACAAUUCCAAUGGGAAAUGCCAAAAAACCCGCCGCAGGUGAAUUUUCAUUCCGCACACACGAGUGACGAUGACGACACAGUUGUUUCCCUCCCUGAAUAUGGCUCCCUGGGAAUGCACGAGAUCACAAGUCUCCCGGACACGUGA